AUAAAAAUUGAAAUUAAUACUACAGUACAUUAUUUUUUAUUGCCCAUCAGCAGUUUUGGAUUGUUUACUUAUAAAAGAACCGUCUAAGAUGAAGUGGUCUACUAUUCAGCUAGAAUUGUCUUAUUUGUACAUGGAUGACCUAUUAAACAUGUCUGCUUGUUGACUGACGAUUUUGGCCUUUCACUUCGGUUCCAUCCUUUGGUAUUUUAAACUCAUAAAGUAAGGAGACGCCUGAUAAAGCAGGAUAUUUAAACCCUUCAGCCAGGCUUCGCACCCGUUAAAGAGUAAUUCUAACCUCACAGAUUUAACAGACUUCACUAAGAUACUGCAGGCUAAACAUCAAGUGCAUUUAUAUCGAGUUACAGAGCAACAUUCCAAAACCUGUUCAGUUUCGUUGGACAUUUUACAUCUGUAUAAUCUUAAACCAAUUUUCUUUAGAAUGUUAACAUUUCUUAUGAGGAAUCAAAGGAUAAAAUCUGUUAACUGAGUUGAUUUUUUCCGAUACAAUUUCAUAAAUCGGAAGUUUAAACUUUUUUUGAGAUUUGUCAGUGGACUUUACUAAUAGGAGUGACGUUGGUAUCUAUUGAAAAGGAUUUAAUAAAAGUACAUGAUGUACCUUAGAAGAAGAUAUAUUUCGAUACAUCUGGAAAAUUGAGAAUAAAAUAUCCCUUUAAGAACAAUUCGUAAGGACAACUUCUCUCACUUUAAUCAUGUCUGCGUAUAACUGUUCGGAUCCAAGUUCCAUCUCGAAUGGCUACUAUGUAGUAGACAAGACUUAUUAUGUGGACGGGGACCAGGUCUAUUUCGUGUGUCACUCCUCCUAUACUCUAAAUGGGAACCCUGUAUUUACGUGUGACGGGACGACAGGGAACUGGUCGGGAACCUACCCUACGUGUUCCUCUACCACCACCACAACCGCAGCUCCAGAGUAUGAAGAAUGGUUAUACGUGGGAAUCGGAGUAAUUUCAUUCAUAGGUCUUAUCCUUCUGCUGAUUUUACUCUUAUUGUUCUUGAAAUAUUGUCUCCGACUGUGCAGAAAAUGGUCACGCGUGAGUGCACUCCAUGGAAUCAAUGAACAGGUAGAGAUCGGAUGUUGCUACGCCUGCUGCACGAGAUGUUGCAUGAAAUGUUGGUCCUGCUGUCAAGAAAACGGUGACGUCAUAACUGAGAAAGGGAGUAAACCAAAAGCAAAACAAGUUCCUAAGCAAAAUUAUGCCUCGUCAAAUGGAAAUUCGGUGUCAGUGAUUUCAGAGGAAACGGCGGAAACAUCGGUUACACCAUCCUUAAUCAGAAAAGACGUGAAGCCAGCCAGAGAACUCAACUCAUGGAUGCCACACACCCAUGGUGUCAGAAAUAUCAACACAAGUACCAAAUAAGAAUACAAUUUUAAGGCAUAACGGCCUGUAAACGCAAACUAAAUUUCUGGAGUUGUGU